AUGACGUCAUCACAUGUCAUCAUCACGUUGCCUCAUACGUAGGCUCCUGCUCCAUUGCUAAUGCUAGCUAGCUAGCUACUUUCUGUGCUGGCUUGUGUUGUUGCCACCUGAAGGGACUCUAACUUGGACUACCAGGGAACUGAUUAUCUAAUAAAACCCGCCAUCUUCCCCCGGAGCGGCUAGUCCGUGUCGGGCCGUCUUCAUGGCUCUGCAAGGCCCGGAGGAGCUCGGGGAGCAGGUGGAGGAGCCGGAGGACCUGGACGAGCAGGACGCCAGCAGCAUCUCCCCGGCCGAGGAGAUCACCCUGCCCCCCGGGCCCGGCGGGGACCAGGACCCGGAGGACCCGGACCCGCCGCUGCUGCUGCCCUGGGACCGGUUCUCCGCCUGGCUGCACUGCAUCUGCGUGGUGGGCUUCGACCUGGAGCUGGGCCAGGCCGUGGAGGUUAUUUAUCCGCAUCAUUCCAAACUGUCAGAGAAAGAGAAAACCAGCAUCUGCUACCUUUCCUUCCCCGACUCCAAUUCAGGUUGCCUUGGCGACACACAGUUCUGCUUCCGCUUUCGUCAGGGAACCAACAGGAAGUCUUCGCUCGGCUGCUUCCUGGAAAACACCGACCGGGACGCCCCGCCCUGUCUGAAGAGGGAACAGGGCCAUUACUAUGGUUACGUGUACUUCCGUCAGGUGCGAGACAAGUCCCUGAAGAGAGGAUACUUCCAGAAGUCUCUGGUUCUGAUCAGUAAGCUGCCCUACGUGACGUUCUUCCACUCGCUGCUGAAGAUUCUGGCUCCAGAAUACUUUGAGAAGCAGGAACCGUGUCUGGAGGCCGCUUGUAACGACAUCGACCGCUGGCCCACGCCCCACCCAGGACGCAUCCUCACACUGCCUAUUAUGGGCGUGGUCAUCAAGGUUCGAAUCCCGACUUGUUACGACAAACCAGGAACGUCCCAGCUGGUCCAGUCCGCCCAGAGUGACAGUCAGGUGUCCAUCGUGCUGCCGACCAUCCAUGAAGUCGACCUGUUCAGGUGUUUCUACCCGGUCUUCUUCCACAUCCAGAUGUUGUGGGAGUUGGUGUUGCUAGGCGAGGCCCUGGUCGUCAUGGCGCCGUCGCCAGCAGAGUCGUCGGACACCGUGCUGGCGCUGGUCAGCUGUAUCUCCCCUCUGCGUUACUGCAGUGACUUCCGGCCGUACUUCACGAUCCACGACAGCGAGUUUAAGGAGUACACGACCCGGACGCAGGCUCCGCCGUCAGUCAUUCUGGGAGUGACCAAUCCCUUCUUUGCUAAAACGCUGCAGCACUGGCCGCACAUCAUCCGCAUCGGAGACAUGAAGCAAGCAGGGGAGAUGGCAAAACAGAUGAAAGUCAAGAAACUGAAGAACCUCAAAACUCUGGACUCUAAACCUGGUGUGUACACUGCAUAUAAGCCGUAUCUCAACAAAGACGAAGAAAUCAUCAAACAGCUUCAGAAGGGAGUCCAACAGAAGAGACCGUCUGCGGCCCAGAAUGCAAUUCUCAGACGCUACUUCUUAGAACUGACGCAGAGCUUCAUCAUUCCUCUGGAGCGGUACGUGGCCAGCCUGAUGCCGCUCCAGAAGUCCAUCAGUCCGUGGAAGAGUCCUCCUCAGCUGCGUCCGUUCAUCCAGCAGGACUUCAUGAAGACGCUGGAGAAAGCAGGACCUCAACUCACAUCCAGACUGAAAGGAGACUGGAUAGGACUCUACAGGAAUUUCCUCAAAUCUCCGAACUUUGACGGCUGGUUCCGCAGCAGGAGGAGAGAGAUGACCCAGAAACUGGAGGCGCUGCACCUGGAGGCGCUGUGUGAGGAGGAUCUGCAGCAGAGAGUCCAGAAGCACUCUGAGGUGGAGACGGUUGAUCUGGUUCUGAAGCUCAAAGAUAAACUGCUUCAGGCGGAGAGGGAGCAGCUCCCGGUGCGUCCGGGCACCGUCACCAAGCUGAGGGCCCACAUUGACGCCGUGAUCCUGGCCUUACCCGAGGACCUGCAGGGCAUCCUCCACAAGCCCUCCACGCCCUGACCUUUGACCCCUGCGCUCUGCUACUCUAACCCCAGGCUGAGCUUGUUCUAGAGUUUGGGGGGUCGUGGCUGUCCUCUCCAGCUGGAGUGAACCGGUUUACUCCGACGGCUCCAGGUCGAGGACAACAUGGAAAGCACACAGCACAUUUUUGUUUCCCCAAAAUAUACAUCCAAGUAUUUUGUUUAGUUCUCUCGUGAACUGCUGCUGUGGCAGCUCAGUGGCGUUCAGACUAAAGCUGUCGUGGUUCAGACGACCAGCCGGAGCACGCCGCGGCGCCCCCCGGAGGAGUUUUCAGGAACAGCAUUUAAAUGUUGAGGAGGUUUUUCAUCACAGAGACAUUAUCAGGUAACGACGGCUCGGUGCCAGAGCUUCACCUGUCUGAGCGCUCUGAGGCCGCGUGGAGGAUUUGUCGACACCUUGAAGGUAAGAAUACGAAAAAACGAACCCAGCUGACCUUUUUUUUUUUUUUUACCUCUCGACAUUUUAAAUUUUUACUUUUUUAACUUGACGAUUGACUGCUGCAGUCCGGCGGAACUGACUUUGGAGUUUUUCCAUUUAUUUAAAAAAAAAAAAAGUUUUUAAAAGAAGUGCACUUCAUCACUAACUGGACCAGUGUGCCCUUCACACACACACACACACACACACACACACACACACACACACACACACACACACACACACACACACACACGCUUUUAUGCAAACAAACUGAGCCGAGCAGUGCUUUAUAAUUAAAUGUUACUACAAUAUUGUUGAUUAAAACACACACACAUGCAGAGCAUUAAGCACCAGCGACCCUGUAUUAACUGCAGUAAAACAACUGUUGUCUCUGGUGCUCAGGAGCCAAUCACGUCCCUGUAUUCAUGUCACAUGAUCUUUGUGUAGCCAAUCCUGACAGUCUGAGAGAAUAUUUGAAAAAGGCCCCUGAAAUGUUCAGAAGUCUUGGUCUGGUGUGGGUUGUCAUUUUAUUUGUACUUUUCUGAAGACUGAAUCCAAAAUCAUGAGACUCUAUUGUUGUGUGACAUUGUUUUCAUUUCAUCGACUGAUUCUCUAACGAGGGUCGAAGGAAGUCUUUGACCCACCGGACUGAAACUACGGAGAGCAAUGUCCGCCACAAAUGGAAAAAAAAAAGUCAAAAUUAAUUUUAAAUUUUGAAUUAUGAGACACCAAGGCAAUUUAACUUUAAAUGAUGAGAUUAUACAUUUAAAACUUCAAGAAUAAGUCUGAAAUUGAGCUUCUGAAAUAAAAACAUUGAGGUCGAAAAAUAAAAAAGCCAACACUUUGACUUUAAAUCAUUAAAUUUAUGUCAAGUAAUAAUUGUGACCAAGUCAAAAUAAUGACAUAAUUAGGAAGGAUAAGCAAGUAAAACAUUAUCUGUUUCAGGCCACUGACUGUAUGAGAAUAAUGGAAGUAGUCGCUGAGGCACCAGCCUGUUUUCAAGCCUUGAAGUCGCCAUUUUCGCGACCGCCAACUUGUUUAUUGACCGUCACAAUGUUGUUUUUUCCCAACCAGUACAUGGGCAGAAUGGAUCCAGAGUCGGGAUGAUGCUCCAUCAGCUAGCAAAGGGGUCGGCAACCUUUACUAACAAAAGAGCCAUUGUUGGCCAAAAAAAGAGGGAAAAAAUGCGAAAUCGAGCCACAAUUUUGUUUUGUGAGCCUUACAAUGAAGAUUAAUCAGCUUUAAUUGAAGCCAAAUUAGCUACCAACAUUACUAAUAGGCCACAAUGAGCAGUUCUUUAUGUUUUUUUUUAUAUGAGACUCCUGAGAAAUAUCUCCUGGCGAGCGAAACUCAAAACUAGACUUGAAUUUGGCUAAAUGUAGAGGUUAGUUUUCGUUGACUAAAAUGUUAAAAAAAAAUGUUUUACUGCUGUUUAUAAACCACACAUUUUUACAAUUGAAGAAUACACAUUGAUUUGGGCCUGCACCAAUGAUAAAUUAAAAUUGAAAUGUCAAAUCAAAUCAAACUUUAUUUAUAUAGCGCUUUUCAUACAUAUAAAUGCAAAACAAAGUGCUUUACAAAAAAUAAGAAUAAAAACAGGGGCAGACCGAACACACCCCCCAAGACAAAAGGACAGGAUAAAAACUAAAAGACAAAAGGACAGGAUAAAAACUAAAAGACAAAAGGACAGGAUAAAAACUAAAAGAUAAAAGGACAGGAUAAAAACUAAAAGACAAAUAGACAACAGGACAGGAUAAAAACUAAAAGACAAAAGGACAGGAUAAAAACUAAAAGACAAAUAGACAACAGGACAGGAUAAAAACUAAAAGACAAAAGGACAGGAUAAAAACUAAAAGACAAAAGGACAGGAUAAAAACUAAAAGACAAAUAGACAACAGGACAGGAUAAAAACUAAAAGACAAAAGGACAGGAUAAAAACUAAAAGAAGAAAAGACAACAGGACAGGAUAAAAACUAAAAGACAACGGGAAAGAAAAUAUAAACAAUGUGAUGAACAACUGAAUAGGUGAAUAGAUGGCUAGAUAGGAGAAUAAAUAAAUAAAUAGUCUCUGAGUCCUGAUGUCCUCUGGCAGGCUGUUCCAUCAACGAUACGGUAGCCCCGCCCUAAAGCUUACCCCGAUUUAUCUUCUAUUCUAAUCUAAAUGAGACCAAAGAAAUAAACAAAUGGACAUUGUACCGUACUUAAUAAAAAUUAUGAUGAGAAUCUUUACUGAGAUAAUAAAUCUAUUGAGAAUUUCUGUCAUAUUUCAAUGGACUUAAAUUCAGCCGGUGGAGUCGCCCCCUGCUGGUCAUUAGAUAGAAUGCAGGUUUAAGGUGCUUCCUCAUUGGCUCCACUGAAUCUGUCCAACCAACUAAUUCCUCUGUAUUUGUACUUGGGAAUCGUUUAAACCGGAGGUGGAAGGGACCUAAAAUUGAUAUGGGUUGACUGAAAUUUGCAAUAUUUAUUAUUUAUUUGAAAACAACGUACAGGACGGACUCUGAACUGAGCUUCAGAUCGAUGUUUUUGUUCAGAAGAUAACUAAGAUAACUAAGACUUUGACUUAGAAUCUGAUACUGCAUUAAAUCAUUCCGACUUUACAUGAAUGUUUUUUCUUAUUUCCAAUAUGUUUCAUUUGUUUUUUUUCCAUUUCCUGUCGGAGAUGUGUCUCCAUAGUGAAACUGGACAGCAGUGACAAAAAAAUACACCUGAGAAAUACUGAUUUGUUGGACGGAAGGUUAAACUUUUCAACAGUUUAACAAAAAUGACUUUUAAUCCAAAAUACAAGUACGAACCUGAAAAUGAGCAUAAUAUUUUCCGUUUAACUUAGUAUCUCCUAAAAUCAUCAUUUGGACUUGUGUCAUAAUUUUAACUAAAAUAACAAUCAUUUUGCGUUGCUAUUGACAUAUCUUACAAUUUGAACUAAGGACACUACAUUAAAACAAUGACUUAAUUUUGUCUCUUUAAAGUCGUAAUUUAGAUUUAUGUCAUAUGGACUAUAUAAAAAUUCAGAU